ACUCCCGACAUUGCAUAUUGCAUGAAUAUCCCGAGAGACACACAUUGAUCAACUGGAUUCUAUAUGAGAGAGAGAGAGAGAGAGAGGAAGGAGCUCACUUCUUUCUUAAUGGCCGAAAGCAACAAUUGUUGAACCUUAAAUAAACUUUUACAACUCCAGCGCCAGCCACCAGCCAGCCCACAACACUCACCUAUCACCCUUGAUUCACUCUGAUUUAACUAUUCCAACACCUUUUUCUGUCAGAAAAUAAAAAUUGUUUUCACAGAGGAAAAAGAUAAAUUGAAAAGAACUUCUUUCUUGUCUCAUCUCCCCGGAUCAAUUUCUGCGGGAGAGCCCAUUUCAUCUUCAAAAUCUCUUCUUGGUCACAAAAAAAUAAAAUCUUGUUUUGUUUCCCGUGUUGAAAAGGAGUGCUAUCUCAGUCAAAUGUUUAUUUUCUAUUUCCCAAUUCACCGUCUUUCGCGGCAGAGAUUAAAGAAUUAGAGCAACAACCUUGCAUUUUCUUGAUUUCGACCCCUCUUUUAUUCAUGGAAUCUAGACCCAAACCAAUGGCUGCAUUCACACUAGGCGUUUUUUCUGCAGUGUAGUGCGUGUUUGAACAUAGUUCUGAGGCAAAGUUUUGAUAUUUUCUUUUUCUUUUUUCUGUGUUUUUGAUAGAAUAUGUUUUAUUGAGGUGUAAUAGAGGGCUAAGUUUGGGGGGAGCUGUGGAUUUAGAGGUUUCAGUUUACCGUAAUGUCUGAAUCCGAAGCCUCAGAAAACGAGAAGGAUCUGAGGUCUUUGGCUCUGACUCCGACAUGGUCUGUGGCUACUGUUUUGACCGUAUUUGUUGCCGUUUCACUGCUCGUGGAGCGAUCGAUUCACCGCUUGGGAAUUUGGUUAAAGAAAACUGAUCGGAAACCUUUGCUUGCUGCUGUUGAGAAAAUGAAGGAAGAGUUGAUGCUUCUUGGGUUCAUAUCCCUUCUCCUUACAGCAACUUCAAGCAUUAUAUCGAACAUUUGCAUACCUUCGAAGUUCUAUGACAGUGCAUUUGCCCCAUGCACUAGGAAAGACGUCGAUGAGGAAACUGAAGAUAAUCAUUUACAGGAGCGUGGACUUUUGACGGCCUUCUUUGAUCAUCGCGUACACAGGCGAGUGUUGAUGGGUCUAAAUCAGAAUACUUGCUCAGAGAAUUAUGAACCGUUUGUGUCAUAUGAAGGACUUGAGCAGCUCCAUAGGUUCAUUUUUGUUAUGGCUAUUACACAUAUAUCUUACAGCUGCUUGACGAUGUUGCUGGCAAUUGUAAAGAUUCACAGUUGGAGAGCAUGGGAGGAUGAGGCUCACUUGGACAGGCAUAAUUCAUUGAGUGAAAAAACCAGAGCAAUGACAAUGCAAAGACAAUCAACUUUUGUGAGAGUCCAUACAUCAACUCCUAUGCAGAGGAACAACUUUCUUGUUUGGGUGACGUGCUUCUUCCGCCAGUUUGGGCGUUCAGUUGUUCGUGCCGAUUACCUCACCCUUCGACAAGGAUUUAUCACGAACCACAACCUCACAUCAACAUAUGAUUUCCACAGCUAUAUGAUUCGUUCUAUGGAAGAGGAAUUUCAAAGGAUAGUUGGUGUCAGCGCUCCACUCUGGGGAUUCGUUGUAGCUUUUAUGCUGUUCAAUGUAAAAGGAUCCAAUCUCUACUUCUGGAUUGCACUUAUUCCUGUCACUCUUGUUCUACUUGUUGGCACAAAGCUGCAACAUAUCAUAGCAACCUUGGCAUUAGAGAGUGCGGGAAUUACUGGGAGUUUUAAUGGACCUAAGUUUAGACCCCGAGAUGAACUGUUUUGGUUCAAGAAGCCAGAACUGUUGCUGUCCCUGAUUCAUUUUAUCCUGUUCCAGAAUGCAUUUGAGCUUGCUUCAUUCUUCUGGUUCUGGUGGCAGUUUGGCUACAAUUCUUGCUUCAUAAGGAACCACUUACUAGUCUACUUACGACUAAUUGUUGGGUUUGCAGGGCAAUUCUUGUGCAGCUACAGCACCCUUCCACUCUAUGCAUUAGUUACUCAGAUGGGAACGAACUACAAGGCUGCCCUGAUUCCACACAAUAUACGAGAGACGAUCCAUGGAUGGGGAAAGGCAGCUCGGAGGAGGAGAAAACUGGGCAUCUUCACAGACGAUUCAACCAUUCACACAGAUACUAGCACAGUCAUGUCAGUCGAGGAAGAUGAUCAUCAGUUAAUAGACAGUCCACGGUUCGGCUCUCAGUCAGCUGCAGAAAUCGAGCUGCAACAAACCACGGUUGCCAUCAGCGAUCAAUCCCCACCAUCUGCUAACGAGACUUCAACUCGGGUUGGUACUCCUCUCCUUCGCUCCUCUGCUUCCGUUUCUGUUUCUUCCCCGGCUUCCUUCAGAAUUCUGCAAGAAAUGACACAGAGAUCUUCCUCCAUGCCGCGGUAGAGGAAGUCAGCAACGCAAACGAAAAUUAUAGUUAGUUUGUUGUUAAUACUUCUACAGGCAGUAGUUGUAACAUACUUUGGUAGAUGAAAACAGAUGUGAAGAAGAGAAUGUUGUUGUAUCACAAAUCUUCAAAUCUUAUAGAUUGAAUGAGAAUAGCUUAAAUGUA